AGCCACCCCUGAGAGUUAGACAGUGCUGCUCUAAGCCUGGCUUCUCCUUUCUGGUCUCUGUGGGAUAGGCAGAACCAGAGAGGAAAGUGAAGGAAGCAGCAAGCUUCUCUGGGACAGUGUAUGUGCUGGCCACCACCUGUCCACCCUUCCUGAAGCCUGGAAGAACUGUGGGCCAUGUGGCAACAGAGGCCUACCUUUGACCUUCCUUGCCUUCCCUUUAUAGACCUUCAAAUGGGGACUAUCUGAGGUGAAGGGACUCAUUGGGAGUUCCUGAUAUGAAUCAAGAUGACCUUGUUCUUUUUGGUUUUUCAAGACAGGGUGUCUCUGUGUAGCCUGGCAGUCCUGGAACUCUGUAUACCAGGCUGGCCUCGAACUCUCAUAAACCCACCUGCCUCUGCCUUCCAAAUGUUAGGAUUAAAGGUGUGUGCCACCACACCCAGCUUCUCCUGGGAUAUUUUAUCCUUGGCCUGGGGUACCCUAAAGCAGCCUUUCACCUUGUGGUGGUGUCCCCCGUAGGAGUGGGCUCACAUUCCCUGACCCCCUUACCCAGAGCCUGUGGUGGGGUUAACACCAUGAGAAUGAUUUCAAGAGAACAAGUUGGAGCAGCUCAGGAUGCGGGGAUGGGGACUGGGGGCUGUGUUAGCAUGAGAUGAAGUGCCUGCCUUUGAAAACACUCCCCCAUUUUGUCACUAACGCUAGUUCCUUUAGUUCCUUAUUUUUUUUCUCUUUUCUUCCUUUUUUUGAGACAGGAUCUCACUUUGUAGACCAGGUUGGACUUGAACUCAUAGAGAUCUUACCUCUGCCACCCAAGCACUGGGAUUAAAGACAUGCACCACCACUCCCAACCCUUCUAAUUGCAAUUUAUUUCAGUGUUGGGGACCGAGGGAAUAGUGGGGACUGGUUCUUGGCUAGCCUCCAGAAGGGCCCAUUGCAAGUAGGUGGGAAACUAAAGCUGAUGCCAAAGGAACAAAUUGGCCAGCACCAUCCUGCAAACACAAGAGGAAGAGCUGGUCUGGCCUCUGCCCCAUUCCUGUUUCCCACCUGUCUCUACCCUUUACUCGCCUUUCUGUGGGCCAGACUCCCUAUCCCUAGGAGUCAGCCUCUGGGCCACCUCAGAGGCGGAGCUUGGCUGCACCCACGUGUGGUGGAGUUAAAUACUCAGAGCCCACACCCGCUGGGGCAGAGAAGCUAGAAGCGGCACCAUGGCUGGCAAGAAAGUCUGCAUUGUCGGCUCCGGGAACUGGGGCUCAGCCAUUGCCAAGAUCGUGGGUAGCAAUGCAGCUCGGCUGGCACACUUUGACCCACGGGUGACCAUGUGGGUGUUUGAGGAAGACAUCGGGGGCAGAAAGCUAACUGAGAUCAUCAACACACAGCAUGAGAACGUUAAAUACCUGCCAGGGCAUAAGCUGCCCCCCAAUGUGGUGGCUGUCCCAGAUAUUGUCCAGGCUGCAGUAGAUGCUGACAUCCUCAUCUUUGUGGUGCCCCAUCAGUUCAUUGGCAAGAUCUGUGACCAGCUCAAGGGCCACUUGAAGGCCAAUACUAUUGGCAUAUCUCUUAUUAAGGGGGUAGACGAGGGCCCCAAUGGGCUGAAGCUCAUCUCUGAAGUGAUUGGGGAACGCCUUGGCAUCCCCAUGAGCGUGCUGAUGGGGGCCAACAUUGCCAGCGAGGUGGCUGAUGAGAAGUUCUGUGAAACAACCAUUGGCUGCAAGGAUUCUGCCCAGGGACAGCUCCUGAAGGAGCUGAUGCAGACACCCAACUUUCGAAUCACUGUGGUACAAGAGGUGGACACAGUGGAGAUCUGUGGGGCCUUGAAGAAUAUAGUGGCCGUUGGGGCUGGCUUCUGUGAUGGGCUUGGCUUUGGUGACAACACCAAGGCAGCAGUGAUCCGGCUGGGGCUCAUGGAGAUGAUCGCCUUUGCCAAGCUCUUCUGUCGUGGUUCUGUGUCCUCUGCCACCUUCCUGGAGAGCUGCGGCGUUGCUGAUCUUAUCACUACCUGCUAUGGAGGGCGGAACCGCAAGGUGGCAGAGGCCUUUGCUCGUACUGGAAAGUCAAUUGAGCAGCUGGAGAAAGAGAUGCUGAACGGGCAGAAGUUGCAGGGACCCCAGACAGCCCGGGAGCUCCACAGCAUCCUCCAACACAAGGGCCUUGUGGACAAGUUUCCCUUGUUCACUGCUGUGUACAAGGUGUGCUAUGAGGGCCAGCCAGUGGGUGAAUUCAUUCGCUGCCUGCAGAACCACCCAGAACACAUGUGAGUGGGGCCAGGGCCCAGGACAGGCAGCUCUUUUGCCCCAACGAAGACAAGCCGAAGCUGUGACACCUGUCAUCAGAAUGCUCUCCAGGACUCCCCAGCCAACAGGGUCCUCACUGAAGGCCACUGAGGACAGGAGGCUGUGGGGCUCAGCUACAUACCUGGAGUUUACAGAAUUGCUGCAGAGCCUCUUGCAGAAUCGGCUCUUCCUCACUGGCCUCUGGGAAGCAUAGAAUCAAGCCCCAGUGCUGCCUGCUCCAGGGGCGGGGUGGGGGGGGGAGGGAAGGGGCUGGGUCAAGGGCUGCUGGUUGCUGCCUAACACACACUGGGAAUCUGUCCCAAGCCCCAUUAAGUGACUGAAGAAGUACUUUAGCCACAGGAAG